GCACAGGGCCUGUGUCCACUUUGCCAAGGGCCUGACCUUUCUCUGAACAUUCCUUGGGCUCCGGUGCCCACUGGAGUGUGUGCGGGCAGCCGGCAUUCCUUCCCCAACCUUCUGACUUGCCAGUCACAAAUGGAGAUCAUUAACACAUGCCGUGCACAGAGUGUGAUCCUGAGGGCACUGGCUGAGUGCUGAAGCCCGGGCAGACACGGCCGACCACCAUGCAGCCCGCCCGCCCAGGACCCUUCUGGACCAGGACGUGGCCACCCACGGGGGCGAGUUUCACCUCGCUGCUCUCAAGGACUGGAGUCGUGGGCACGAUGCUCUGCCAGGCCUUGAGUCCAGACCCGACCUGUAAAGAAAAUGAAGCGUGUGAGAGCCACGAUGACCAACCCCUCAGUGACUGGUACAUCUGGUGCCUCAUGCUGCUCCUUCUUAUCAUCUUCAUCUGCUGCUCCGUCCUGAUCUGCCUCCGGUGUUGGCUGAAAAGGUCCCAUCUCUGUUCCCCUGGACGCACUGUGGCAGUGUUUUCAGUCAAUGACGUCGACUUCAUUUCAGGAAGAGAAGCGGUCACAGGUCCAGCAGCAAGAGUUGACCUGCAUUCUCCACACCCUGAGCUGUAUCCUGUAUCCCAUCCUGUCCCUUUGGGCCCCCCACCUUCGUAUGAAGAUUCCCAGAAGACAAGCAGAUUGUAAUCCAUAGUUUCUUCUAUAAAGACCAAAAGUCAUUAUCCCUCUCCCCCCCCCCCCGCCCCCAAUCACCUGCCCAUUGAAAGACCCAUGUUUCAUUUUUCUGCCUUUUUAGAACAGACUUCAAGAAGGGCUGAGAUCAUGGACAACUGUCUUAUUUUCAAAGUGAUUCUACAUAUGACAUGAUCCAAAGGAUGAAAAUUAAAAAAAAAAAAAAA